UUUCAAAUUUGUCUCUCAUAGCCCCUCUCUUUUUUUUCACCUAUAAAUUGUCCUCUUCCUUCUUCUUCUUCUUCGCUCAAAUCUCACUAUUCUGCAAAAAUGGUUGAUGUUGUUGCUGAUGCAAACAUGGAUGCUGUUCAGCGCCGUCUCAUGUUUGACGACGAAUGUAUUUUGGUGGAUGUGAAUGACAAGGUUGUUGGUCAUGAGUCCAAGUACAAUUGUCAUUUGAUGGAAAAGAUUGAAGCUGAGAAUUUGUUGCACAGAGCUUUCAGUGUAUUUCUUUUCAACUCAAAGUAUGAACUUCUUCUUCAGCAACGAUCUGCAACAAAGGUAACCUUUCCUUUGGUGUGGACAAACACAUGCUGCAGCCAUCCUCUCUACCGAGAGUCUGAGCUUAUCGAGGAGAAUGCUCUUGGUGUAAGAAACGCUGCACAGAGGAAGCUGCUUGAUGAACUCGGUAUCCCUGCUGAAGAUGUCCCGGUUGACCAGUUCACACCAUUGGGCCGUAUGCUUUACAAGGCUCCAUCUGAUGGGAAGUGGGGAGAGCAUGAACUCGAUUACCUUCUGUUCAUCGUUCGCGAUGUCAAUGUUCACCCGAACCCGGACGAAGUUGCUGACAUCAAAUAUGUGAAUCAAGAGCAACUAAAAGAGCUUCUGAGGAAAGCUGAUGCUGGUGAAGAAGGUUUGAAGCUAUCUCCUUGGUUCAGACUUGUUGUUGACAACUUCUUGUUCAAAUGGUGGGAUCAUGUUGAGAAGGGGACCAUCCAAGAAGCUGCUGAUAUGAAAACCAUUCACAAGUUGAUUUAAAAGUUACGUUGCUCGAACUCUCCAAAAAUAUUGCGACAAUGCACCUGUCGUCAUUUUUGAAGAGUCUUGAGCAAACAUAGCUUAAAAGGAGUCAACUUUUUACAUGGUUGAACAACUACAUUCCUGUUCCUUUUUAGACAAUAAAUUUGGUAAUUUGUUCUGUUGUUGUUGAAUAGAACAGAGGUAUUAUUGAACUGAUCAGAGUUGUAACAUAGACAUGUUUCUGUUGAAUUUUCAUGAAGUAGCUUGCUGUUUUGUGCUUGACAAAUUA